AUGUCUUCCAAGACCUACAAGCUCUCCAACGGCGUUACCAUCCCCGCCUUGGGUUUCGGUACCUUUGCCAGCGAGGGUGCCGUGGGUGAGACUUACAAUGCCGUCACUGCCGCUCUCAAGGUUGGCUACCGUCACCUCGACUGUGCCUGGUUCUACAAGAACGAGCAUGAGGUUGGUGACGCUGUCCGCGACUUCUUGAAGGAGAACCCCUCGGUCAAGCGUGAGGACAUCUUCAUCUGCACCAAGGUGUGGAACCACCUCCACGAGCCCGAGGAGGUUGAGUGGUCUUUCAACAACUCGUUGAAGAACUUUGGUCUUGACUACAUUGACCUUUACCUUGUCCACUGGCCCAUUGCUGCCGAGAAGGACGAGCACAACAUGCCCAAGAUCGGUGCUGAUGGAAAGUACAUCAUCAAGAAGGAGUUGACCGAGAACCCUGAGCCCACCUGGCGCGCGAUGGAGAAGAUCUACAAGUCUGGCAAGGCCCGUGCCAUUGGUGUCUCCAACUGGACCAUUGAGGGUCUCGAGAAGCUGUUCAAGUUCGCCGAGGUUAAGCCCAUGGUGAACCAGAUUGAGAUUCACCCCUUCCUCCCCAACGACGAGCUUGUCGACUGGUGCUUCAAGCACGGCGUCAUGCCCUCGGCCUACUCUCCUUUGGGCUCCCAGAACCAGGUCCCCACUACCGGCGAGAAGGUCAACACCAAUCCUGAGCUGAACCGCAUCGCCGAGAAGAGCGGCCGCUCGCUCGCUCAGGUCCUCAUCGCCUGGGGUAUCCGCCGUGGCUACGUUGUGCUCCCCAAGAGCUCCACUCCCGCACGUAUCGAGAGCAACUUCAAGCCCGUUGACCUUUCUGACGAGGACUUUGAGGCUGUCAACAAGGUCGCCCACGGCCGUUGCGUCCGUUUCGUCAACAUGAAGGACACCUUUGGCUACGACGUCUGGCCCGGCGAGGCUAUCCGGUAA